AUGGUCUGCCUCGUGAUCGUCGGCCUCAAGUUCCUUUUGGUGGCUCUCCCGCCGCCUGAUAAAUGCUGUGUGCCUUUCGCGCUGCAGUCUGCAGUCAAGCGCAUCGUCCACUUGUCCAUUCUCUUGUGGUCGCAGGCUGCUACCAGCAACAACGUCUUUGGUCCACGACGCACGAAGGAAUCCACCCGACCCAACCUGCCCCGGGAGUGUCUCAGCAACUCCAAUAGUCUCAAAAUGAAGCCAGCCACCGCUACAAAGUCCCCCAAUGGUCGUGGGAGCCUCUACAAGGAGGUUCGCUUUUCGCCUACGCCAACUCCCGUCCGUCGAACACAGUCAGUACCAGACACCCAUCUCGACUCGAGGUCAAACUAUACUGGCGGCCCAGAUAUAGAAGCAGCCAGUUAUUCAGUUGUAAGCGCCGAGUACCUAAGACAAGUACGGUCGCUCCUCGAUCGCCAGCGGGCAAACUUCGAGCAUGAGAGGAAGCUAUUCAACGAGGAACGACAUCUAUGGGAGAAUGAACGUGCGCUACUAAACCAGAGGAUCUCUGAAUUAGAGUCGCUGCUCAAGGGUAGGGGAUCCACAGGGACCGCCGCUACUAGUACAGCCGCGCUCCCGACCGGCACUUUUCAACAUUAUGCAUUAUCAUCAUCAUCAUCUGCAUUUCACAGCCAAUUCAGUCACCCACUUUCGGCAGAACAUACUGAUUCUUCUCACCCGACAAGUACCCAAGUGUGGGAAGGCUCUAGCCCUGGAAGCAAACCCACAAGGGUAUUCCCUAACGCGGAGAAGACGGACUUCUCAGGUCUCCUAUUUCCGGAGCAAGGAGGCAAUCCAUCGGUCUCUGCGCCAUCCUUGGACGCUGCCCUUUCACCUAAGUCCCAUGCGACUGACUUGACCUCGAGCACAUGCGUGCCUGUCCCAAUUGAGAGGCUUGAUAGCAAACUUGACGGGAUCACGCUCAAGUCCUCGGCUUUGCCGCCAGAAAUUGUCGCUCGAGUAAUUACGCCACCAUCGCCACCAUCCCUCGAGGGCUCUCCAUCACUUUCUUCCAGACCCUCUGCUGAGCACCGCAACAGCCUCAAACUGAAACUGUCUGAACUUGGGCCCCCAGAGUUUAACCUGACCAGGAACGCCGGUCACACACCCAUGGCUAGGAUCGAUCGGGACGUCGACACGGAGCAGCCGUCACCCCAGGAGACCGCGAACGAGGAGGAACCCCUCGCUUCGGAAGCGCCUCGGCAACCUGCAGAAAACUCCGACUCGUACUUUGGGGAUUUGGCGGAUGACCCUGCCCUGAAGGGGCCACUUACCUUGCUGAAUGAGGAAGAGCAUGAUAGUGAGUUUCUGAAGGAGCUUGAUCAGAAGCUUCUGGACCAGGUCAAGCAGGCCCUUGGCUAUCCCCGAAGCACUGAUCAGAAACAGGCUGAAGUCGAGCCCCCGAGUCAGGGUGAUGAGCCCAAAUUAAGGUUCAAGAAUACGACGAACUUUGGUACGGCUUUUGGGAAUUCGGACUGCUCUGCUCUCCUUGCGUCCGCCCCCGACCCGGGAUGUCCCCCUUCGGAGGGGCUAUCUCCUGGAGAGUGGCUAGGUCCUCCUCGCCAUGAGGUCACCGUGACUAUCGGCGGCAUUGUCUCGUGGGCCUUGCAUGGCCCUUCGGCUGGCCCUAUGCUGAGGGAUAAUGUCCUAGAUAGGGUCUUGGAACCCUUCAUUCAUCCGCUGCAGAUCACAGCGUUCAUUCUUCCACAGCUCAUUCCAGCCCUGUCUGUCUCUAACUUGGUUAUUCGCUCCUUCAACUCCCAUAGUUUCCUUCUCUUGAUAAUUACGUCACAUUCUUUUCCUUCUACAAUGUACAACCUCAAGAGCCUUCCGGCACUGCUAUGCCUCGUGCUGGCUGUCGCUCCCGUCCUGUCUGCACCUGUCGCUGCUGGAGAUGGAGCCGUUGUGCGAAGACAGAGCCACCACUUCAAUACCAACACCCAGUCCGGUUCUAACAUGGGCUUCUCUAUCCCUGAUGGCCCAUCCUACAACUCUGGCCAGUUCGCCUCGAACGCAUAUCGCGAAGACCGUGGGGGCGACAUGGAUGACGAUGAGGGCUCAAGCGAGUCCAGCAACACCAACGCAGGGAACUCGAUGAAUAUCGGCAUCCCGGGUGGUCCCAGCGUCAACUUGGGCAACUACUUCAGUAACAACUAUGAAGAAUCUGAAAAGCCACGGCCAAAGCCCUCGACUACUUUCAUUACCACCAUCCCAGAGUCCACAACGGCCCCUCCACCUCCGCCAGUCAACCCUCCUAUUGAGACUUAUGUUCCUGCCCCUCCUGCCCCUCCUACUACAACUACCACCACUACCCAACCCCCUCCUCCUCCCUCUACAACCACUGCUCCCCCUGCUCCUCCUACAACUACUGCUCCUCCUGCUCCUCCAACCACUACUCCGCCAGCUGCUCCCCCUACCACUGCACUCCCUGCACCCCCAGCUCCGUCUACCCCCACCGAGCCGGCUCCUCCUGCUGAGACCGAAGAACGUGAAGAGCCAGUGCAAGAAUGCCCAGCACCUGAGCCUGAGCCACAGCCUGAGCCUCCAGUUGAACAUGAACCUUCCCCUGAACAACCAGAAUCAUCUCCUGCCCCCGAGCCUACCCCUGCACCUCAGCCCAACCCUACACCAAGCCCUCAACCGGAGACUCAACCCCAGCCCCAGCCUCAGCCCCAACUCCAACCCCAACCUGACCACGAGCCUGCAUCCGAGCCCAAAAUCAUACCCACCCCUUCCCCAGCUGCUCCAGCAUUGCCUGCAUACACCUGUCAAUGCCCUGCGUGA